ACAUGUAAAGUAUCUUCCUUGUGAACUGGGAUUUCUAGAGGGAAACUGCCCAUGGGCUAUUUAUUCCUGGCAUAAACAGCAAGACUAGCCAGCCCCGUGGGAAGAAGAAACACCCUAUAGGUGGCACCCCCUUUGGAAGGUAUAAAUAGAGAUCUGCGGCAACAACCAACCUGCAGUCUGAUUCAAUAUCAAGCUGUGCAUCUUGCUUUGGGCUUUGGGUUGGAUCUGCAGCUGUCCUCAAAAUGAGUUGUAGUAUUAAGCAGACAACUGGCUCGCUCAGGGGCAGGACCAGCGGUGGCAGCUGUGUUAUUGGUGGCGGUGGUGGUGGUGGAGGAGCACGGAUCUCCUCAGUCUCUUCUGGAAGAUACACGACUUGUGGGAUAGGUGGUAGCCGAGGGUUUUCUGGUAGAAGCUACUGUGGUGGUGUGAGUUACGGAGGAGGACUGAGCACUGGCAGCUUGGUUGGUGGAAACUAUGGAGGUGGCUUAGGAGCUGCCGUCCUCGGAGGAUGUCCGGGCAUUGGAUUCAGCGGUGGCAGUGCCCGCUUCGGCGGUGGCAUUGGAGGUGGCCUUGGUAUCGGUCUUGGUGGAGGGGUAGUUGGAGGUGGCUUUGCUGGUGAUGGCAUUCUUCUUUCUGGUGACGAAAAGGUCACCAUGCAGAACCUUAACGACCGCCUGGCUUCUUACCUGGACAAGGUGAGGUGCCUGGAACAAGAAAAUGCUGACCUGGAGUGCAGAAUCAGGGAGUGGUACGCCAAGCAGGGCCCUUUUUGUGAGCCACGAGACUACAGCUGCUAUUACAAAGAGAUAGAAGAUCUUCAAAAUCAGAUUGUCUGCGCAACCAUAGACAACAACAAGAUCAUUCUGAACAUCGAUAACAGCAGGAUGACAGCCGAUGACUUCCGAGUGAAGUACGAGACGGAGCUGGCCCUUCGCCAGAGCGUGGAGGCUGACAUUAACGGCCUGCGCCAAGUCCUGGAUCAGCUCACUCUCUGCAGGUCUGACCUGGAGGCACAGCUGGAGUCGCUGCGGGAGGAGCUCUGCUGCCUGAAGAAGAACCACGAGGAGGAAAUGAACUGUCUGAGGAAACAAUCGACUGGAGAUGUGAGCGUGGAGGUCAAUGCCUGCCCUGGCCCAGACCUCAGAAAGAUCCUGGAGGAGAUGAGGUGCCAAUAUGAAACACUGAUCGAACGCAAUCGCAAAGAAGUUGAGGACUGGUAUGAGUGUAAGAUUGAGGAGGUGAAUCGGGAGGUUAUUACAAGCGGUCAGGAGGUCGAGACGUGCAACAACCAGGUCACCGAACUGAGACGCCAAUUGCAAGCCCUGGAAAUCGAUCUGCAGGCUCAGCUCAGCCAGAGGGACAACCUGGAAGCAUCCCUGGCUGAGACAGAGUGCCGCUACAACAACCACCUUGCUGAGCUCCAGAGCCAGAUCACGUGCGUGGAGCAGCAGCUGGCCGACCUGCGCGCGGAAAUGGAGUGCCAGAACCAAGAGUACAAGAUCCUGCUGGACGUCAAGUGCCGCCUGGAGCAGGAGAUCCAUACAUACCGCUGCCUGCUGGAGGGCGGCCAGCAGGACCUCAUUCAGCAAGGAGGAAUCAGUCAAUCUUCAGGGCUAGGAGGAGGAGUUGCAAGAACAGGUGGAAUAGGAGGAGGAGGCAUCAUCAGAACAAGCCACACUUACACUUCGUCCUCCCAGAUGCCAUCUUGUGCAGCUGCGGAGAUACAAGUGCCUUGCAGAAGGAUUUGUGAUUAAGCAGAGAAGUGAGAGUACACAAGAGGUCCCUGCAGCAGAGCCGUGGAUAAAGAGAGAGAAUAUUUACUGUAUGCCUCUGCAAAGAGCAAGGAACGUGCUCUUCUGUAUUACUCAGCGAUGCUAAGCAAUGUGUCGGAGGGAUGAGCAGAGCGUUGGGCCACAUUCUGCUUUAUUUUGCUAUUUGCUUUUUCCAGUCUGUAUUGCUGCGUGUGCCCAGCCACCGUGACUACUGCUGGGGUUAACCAGUACUAGGAUCACUAAUGUACCUGCCAGUGAAAAACCUUCUCUAAUAAAACUUUGCUUCUGCCUGAUGCAAUCAAGAAA